CAGACAAGGGGAAACAUAAAUAAAAAUUAAUAAGAAAAAAAGAAAUUGAAACGUGUGCCUGAAAUCAGUACCAAGGUGCAUAGGAAACAUAGAAGACAAUCAGAUACUAAAGUUCCAAGCAGAGUCAGAGUAUCAUGGUGGCCUUUCUUGGAAAUUAUGCAUUUAUAAACACGUAUUACAUUCUGCGGUGACCCCAAGCCCAAAUCCUGGCUGCACUGAGGCUGGAUGGAGGCUGCCAGUGGAAGGAGGCACAGAGGUUCCUUCCAAAAAAUUAUGAAUUCCUGCUUUCCUGAAAUGCAACCUCCUAACCCCAAGCCUAUUGUUGUGACAUCCCACAUGCACCACACAACAGAGGGUGCACUGGUGUCUUAAGCAACCUCACCUCAGCAACGCUGAAUAACAGGGCAUCAAUUCUGACAGCUCUCCUGCGGGUAAUGUGUGUGUUCGCACUAGCGUGCACGCUUGCAUGCACAUGGCUUUGUCCCUCCCAAGCCAGAACGUGGCACUUACUGGCCUGUAGUGUAUUCUUCUAAUACCAUCUUGGCUGCGUCCCAAAAGGAAGGAUGGAAGGAAACUCAGACCAUAAUGGGAUUGCACAGUGGGGGAGAAUGACCUGCCUUCUAGCAAGCAGAGUAAGCAGCGCCCACUUGGCGUGUGUGAAGGUGUGUCAUGACACACAUCCCACCAGGCUGCCUCUGUACAACAUCAGGAACUGGCUGGAAUGAAAUAAACCUUUCCCUGAGGGACAGAAUGCUUCAGACAACCAAGGGAUGCACUUGGAAAUCCUUUACCGGUUACAUACAGUGAUCUGAAACAUAAUGAUGGUUUUCAGAAAGGGUGAUCAUGUGUGGCUGGACACUCAACCAAACAGGGAAUUUAAUGUCCCUAUUGGGGCAGUCGUGAAAGAUUCUGACUCGGGACGGAUCUUGCUGGAGGACGAUGAAGGCAAGGAGCACUGGAUCACGGCUCGGAACAUGCACAUGGUGCGCCUGAUGCACCCCACCUCUGUCCAAGGAGUGGAAGACAUGAUCCGCCUUGGGGAUCUCCAUGAAGCAGGCAUGGUGCACAACCUACUUAUCCGCCACCAGGAGCACAAAAUCUAUACUUACACAGGAUCAAUCUUGGUAGCAGUGAAUCCAUACCAGCUGCUGCCCCUCUACACUGUCGAUCAGAUCAGACUGUACUGUAACAGGAGGAUUGGAGAGCUACCACCUCACGUCUUCGCCAUUGCAGACAACUGUUAUUUCAAUAUGAAGAGGAAUAAGAAAGACCAGUGCUGUGUGAUCAGUGGAGAAUCAGGAGCUGGGAAGACUGAAAGUACAAAGCUAAUACUACAGUUCCUGGCAGCUGUCAGCGGUCAGCAUUCCUGGAUAGAGCAGCAAAUCCUGGAGGCCAACCCCAUUCUAGAAGCUUUUGGAAAUGCCAAGACAAUUCGGAAUGACAAUUCCAGCCGCUUUGGGAAAUAUAUUGAUAUCCACUUCAACCAAAAUGGUGUGAUAGAAGGAGCUCGGAUUGAACAGUUUCUUCUGGAGAAGUCCCGGGUUUGCCGGCAGGCUCCAGAGGAGAGAAACUACCACAUCUUCUACUGCAUGCUAAUGGGGAUGAAUACAGAGCAGAAAAAGAUGCUGAAUCUGGGCACUGCUUCAGAGUACACUUAUCUCACUAUGGGCAACUGCAUGUCCUGCGAUGGCCGGAAUGACGCAAAGGAUUAUGCCCACAUUCGCUCGGCUAUGAAGAUCCUCAUGUUCUCAGAUUCUGAACACUGGGACAUCAGCAAGCUGCUGGCUGCGAUCUUGCACCUGGGCAAUGUAGAGUUUGAAGCGGCUGUGUACGACAACUUGGACUGCUCUGACGUGAUGGACUCACCACAUUUUUCAAUCGCAACCAAAUUACUUGAGGUGGACUCCAGUGAACUCCAGAACAGCCUUACAAACCUCUCCAUCAUUGUCCGAGGAGAAAGCGUGUCCAGGCCUCUGAACGUAUUUCAAGCUGCAAAUGGGAGGGAUGCCUUUGUGAAGGGUAUAUAUGGGCGGAUUUUCCUGUGGAUAGUGAAUAAGAUCAACUCAGCCAUUUUCAACCCAACCUCUCAGAAAGCUAAAGACAGACGUCAGUCCAUUGGGCUGUUGGACAUAUUUGGGUUUGAAAACUUCAGCAACAACAGCUUUGAGCAGCUCUGCAUUAACAUUGCCAACGAGCACCUCCAGCAGUUCUUUGUGCGCCAUGUCUUCAAGCUGGAGCAAGAGGAAUACCGUGUGGAGAACAUUGCCUGGAAUAACAUUGACUUUACUGAUAACCGCCAGGCUCUGGAAGUCAUCGCGCUCAAGCCUAUGAAUAUCAUCUCCCUCAUUGAUGAAGAGAGCAAGUUCCCAAAGGGCACAGAUGCCACCAUGCUCAUCAAAAUCAAUUCCCUUCAUGGCAAAAGUAACAUCUACAUCCCACCUAAAAGUGUCCAUGACACCAAGUUUGGCAUCAACCACUUUGCUGGGGUUGUCUUUUAUGAAUCAAAAGAUUUCCUGGAGAAAAAUCGGGACACGCUGAGUGCUAAUGUAAUGCGAGUGGUUCAUUCGUCCAAAAACAAAUUCCUCCGAGAGAUUUUCCAGGUGGAAACAACCCCACCUAGUCUGGGACGUGGGACCAUCCGGCAUCUUGGAGCUGACCAGACCUACAAGUCUCUAUCUCAAUGUGGCUUCCUGCUGUCCAGAACAUCUGGCCAUGGACAGGGCACGGAUACCACCAAACGGCUCUCUACUCUGGGAGGACAGUUCAAGCAAUCCCUGGAGAAACUAAUGAAAAUCCUUGAGCACUGCCAGCCGUACUUCAUCCGCUGCAUCAAACCAAAUGACUACAAGAAACCCCUGUUGUUCGACAGGGAGCUGUGCAUUAAACAGCUGCGAUAUUCAGGGAUGAUGGAGACCAUCCGGAUCAGGAAAGCUGGCUACCCCAUUCGCUACAGCUUUGAGGAGUUCUUUGAGAGAUACAGAGUUCUGCUACCUUGGUCUCUUCGGGAACAGCUGAAGAACGAUGCUCGGCAGAGCUGUAUCAGCAUCUCUGAAGCAGUGCUGGGCAAGGAUGAAAGCUGGCAAGCUGGAAAGACCAAGAUUUUCCUUAAAGAUCAUCACGACACAGUACUGGAGCUGCGACGCCAAAGUAUACUCACAGAUAAGGUUCUUCUUAUCCAGAAGGUGAUGAGAGGAUUGAAGGACAGGAAGCAGUUUCUGAAGCAGAGGAAGUCUGCUGUAGCUAUUCAGUCAGCCUGGCGCGGCUACUGCUGCCGGAAGGAUUUCAGAAUGCUCAUGCUGGGUUUCGGGCGCCUGCAGGCCCUCUACCGCAGCCGACAGCUUGCUAAACAGUACGAAGCAACCCGGGCUCACAUCAUCAGGCUUCAAGCCAUGUGCCGUGGUUAUCUAAUGCGUCAAAAGAUAGAAGAGCAGAAGAAAGCUGUCUGUGUUAUACAGGCAUACGCAAGGGGCAUGUUUGCUCGCCGAACCUACCAGAGGAUGAAGAGGGAGAACCAGUGCAAGCUGGAAGCCAGGAACAUCCGCUUGGAAGAAGAGAAACGCCUCCUCCAAGUCCUUGGACCAGUGAAAGCAAGGGAAGAAGCUAUGAGGUUAGAAAAGGAACACCUGGCUACUCUGGAGAGAGAGGAAGCAGAAGCGAGCCAAAGGAGGAAUGCUCUUGCCAAUAAUCCAACAAAUGACGACGUUAUCAGUGACCAAGAAAUGGUGGACAAAAUUUUUGGGUUUUUACCUGCUAUGAUUGGAGGCCAAGAAGGACAGGCUCCUCUGGGGUUUGAGGACUUGGAAACAAAGCCUAACAAGCUGGAUGAGGUGGACCUGGACAUGGUUCCCAUGAGUGUGGAGCUAGAAGAGGAAGCAGAUGGCCUAGAAGAGUUCACUUUCCCAAAGUUUGCAGCUACGUAUUUCCAGGGCUCGUCUACACAUACCCACAUCCGGAAACAGCUGCGGCACCCACUGCUCUACCAUGAUGACAAGGACAACGUCCUGGCUUCUCUAGUCGUGUGGGUUAUCAUCCUGAGGUUCAUGGGGGACCUGCCAGAGCCAGCAAUGUUUGCCAAGAAUGCCACCAUCAAGAGCAACUCUGUAAUGACACAGAUAUAUGACACACUUGGCAGGAAAAACCAGGUCCAGUUCAGGAACGACAGCCCAAAUAUGAGAGAAAAUAGAAAGUAUAACAAGAUUUCCAAGGGGAUCUCUUCCCUGAAGCUGAAACGGUCAUCCAAGUUGACCGGGAAGGUGACAGAUCAGCUGAGAGGUGGGGAAGAGGCUUUCCAGGAGGACAGCUCGAUCUCUGAGAGACCUAUGUCCAACCUAGAAAAAGUGCACUUCAUUAUCGGCAACGCAAUUCUGCGCCCUGCCAUCAGGGAUGAGAUUUAUUGCCAGAUUUGCAAACAGCUCACUGAAAACAGCAACAGGAGCAGCUAUGCUCGAGGCUGGAUCCUUCUGUCACUUUGCCUUGGUUGCUUUCCUCCCUCAGACACAUUUGUGAAGUACCUGUUGAAUUUCAUCCACCACGGGCCUGCAGGCUAUGCGCCGUAUUGUGCUGAACGCCUGAGACGUACCUAUGUCAACGGAGCACGGACUGAACCCCCAAGCUGGCUGGAACUUCAGGCAACAAAGCAGAAGAAACCCAUUAUGUUUAACGUCACCCUGAUGAAUGGUCAAAGCAUCACUGUCCCUGCAGACUCUGCUUCCAUUGCCAAAGAGAUCUGCCAGUUCAUAGCAGAUAAAACUAAACUGAAGGAUGUUUUUGGUUUUUCGCUCUACAUUGCUGUGUUUGAUAAGGUCUGGUCACUGGGUGGGGGACGAGAUCACGUCCUGGAUGCCAUCUCUCAGUGUGAACAGCUGGCAAAGGAGCGGGGCACACAUGAACGCAAUGCACCCUGGCGUCUUUACUUCCGCAAGGAAAUCUUCACCCCCUGGCACAAUUGCCAGGAGGAUCCGAUCAGCACUGAUCUUAUUUACCACCAAGUCAUUCGUGGCAUCCGCUUUGGAGAGUACCGUUGUGAGAAGGAGGAGGAUUUGGUGGAGAUAGGUGCAAAAUAUUGUUACAUCCAGUUUGGAGAUUCCAUCCACAACGAGCUUGUGCAGAAGGUGCUUCACGACUGUAUCCCAGUGAAACAGCUGAAGUCCAAGCCCCUGGAGAAGUGGGUGAGCCUUAUAACCUACGCACAUGCUAAGGCCCCGUACACGCAGGACCGUCUCUCUCAUCAGACUGUGAAGGAGCAGCUUGUAGAUUUUGCUCGCUUUCAGUGGCCUUUGCUUUUUUCCCGAUUCUUUGAAGUCACUAAGUUUUCAGGUCCCAGCUUGCCCAAGAACCACUUUAUUGUGGCUGUAAAUUGGAAAGGUAUCUGCUUCUUGGAUGAGUCAGAAAAGCGGCUCUUUGAGCUGACCUUCCCAGAGAUCACUGGCAUCCACACCAACAGGGCAGUGAAAUCGUUUGGACAGAGUUGCACUCUCAUCACACUUCGCGCUGAGGAGUUUGUCCUGACAUCUGUAAACAGCGUUGUCAUUGCUGAACUGGUGGUCAUGUUCCUGGAAGGGCUGAAGAAGAGAUCACGAUUCGCUGUGGCAAUGCACGAGAAAAAAUCCCAAGAAGACCCUGCCGUCCUGUCCUUCAAGAAGGGAGACUUGCUAGUCUUCACUGAAGACAAAAGACUGGAUGCAGACACUGGUUGGAUCAAUGCCCAGAAUGAAAGGACAGGCAAAACAGGGAAUGUAUUUUUGGAAGACAUCUACAUCAUCCCUUCUCUCACAAAACCCUCUAGUCAAGUGCUGAGCUUGCUGAUGAUGUCUCCAGACCAGAGGAGGACUGCUUCACAGAACUCCUACGUGGAGGAACCCGAUGAAGAGGAUCUCAAAGUGAAGCCUUACACCCUGGAGGAGUUCUCCUAUGAACAUUUCAGGUCUCCCGAGAAAGAAUCCAUCAGCAAAGCUGUUCUCCAGAAAUCCCGUGGGCGCAGUCAGCUGUGGGCACACUCUAAGGAGCCCUUAAAACAGCCCUUGCUGAAGACAGCGUGCACAGACCCUGAUCUUCGGGACUUGGCUUGUCAGGCAUUCAUUGCCAUCAUGAAAUUCAUGGGGGACUAUCCCUCCAAACAGGCACACUCCUCUGUGGAAGUCACUGACCAGAUAUUUGUAGCCGCUAUCCAGGAGGAGGUCCUGCGGGAUGAGAUUUACUGUCAGAUUAUGAAGCAACUGACUGAGAACAGAAACAGGUACAGCGUGACCAAGGGCUGGCAGCUCCUCUGGCUCUGCACUGGCCUGUUCCCACCCAGCAAGUCACUGCUGAAACAUGCCCAGAAGUUCAUCGAGACACGUCAGAAAGAGACGUUGGCCCUGGAGUGCAGUCGGAGGAUUCAGAGGGUGAUGAGGAGUGGCUCCAGGAAGUGGGCACCUCAUCCUGUGGAGGUUGAGGCCAUCCUACAGAACAACACUAAGAUCUCGCACAAGAUUUGCUUCCCCAAUGAAACAGAACAGACAUUUGACGUGGGAACAAACACCAAAAUACGGACUCUGUGUCAGAACAUCGCUGCCAAACUCCAGCUGAGCUCCUGGGAAGGUUUCAGCCUCUUUGUGAAGAUUGCAGACAAGGUGAUCAGCCAGAAUGAAGCAGACUACUUCUUUGACUCACUAAGGCAAGUGACGGACUGGAACAGAAGGAACAAACCAGUGAAAGAUGGGGCUGCUAUGUCUGUGGCUUAUGAGGUGUACUUCAUGCGAAAGCUGUGGCUGAACGUAACUCCUGGGAAGGACCUGAAAGCUGAUUCCAUUUUUCAUUACCACCAGGAGUUGCCGAAGUACCUCAGAGGCUAUCACAAGUGUUCCAAGGAUGAAGCUGUCCAGCUGGCAGGGCUGAUCUAUAAAGUGCGCUUCAACAAUGACCGCACACAGCUAGCAACCAUCCCCAAAAUCUUGAAGGAGCUGGUGCCAGACAAUCUGCUCCGGGCAAUCUCACCCGACGAGUGGAAGAAGAGCAUUACUGCAGCAUACAGCAAAUAUGAAGGAAAAACUGUGGAUGAGGCCAAGGUUGCCUUCUUGAAAAUGAUACAUCGAUGGCCGACGUUUGGAUCGGCCUUCUUUGAGGUGAAGCAAACCUCGGAGCCAAAUCUCCCAGACAUUGUGCUGAUUGCAAUCAACAAGCAAGGGGUGUCGCUGAUCCACCAGAAGACAAAGGAUAUUUUAACAGUCUACCCCUUCAAUAAAAUCUCCAACUGGAGCAGUGGGAGCACGUACUUUCACAUGACAAUCGGGAACCUGGUACGAGGAAGCCGGAUCUUAUGCGAGACAUCUCUGGGUUACAAAAUGGAUGACCUGCUAACAUCCUACGUGCGCCUGCUAAUGAACGCUGUAAACAAGCAAAAGAACCUCCCAGCCUGAGGGAGGGAACAGAACCUACAACCUCUAUCUGUGCCAAACUACCUAUAAUUUCAUCUCCCAGAAGAAAUGCCAUUUAAAAAAUAUGAGUCUUGAUGAUCAGUCUUCUGACCAUACAUGGAAUGAAGUGCGUUGCUGAAAUACUACCACAAGACAAGAUCGAGGGCACAUGUGCUUUCAAAUAUACGUAACACUUGUCUGCCUUAGAUGUAGAAUAAGAAUUCCCUUCAGACUUUGGAUGUAGAGAAAGUUUAGCUGGAUUUUAAGAUAGUACGUGGGCAGAAGGAAGAGGAACCCUAAUAUGAGAGCCUCUUCAGAUACUGAAAAUCUCCUCCAUUCUUAGAGAGCCACACAUUGUUUUCUUCCUUUUGGAAAGAAAAGGUCCCCUUGUUGCAUAUGCUCUUACCAAAUGCAUAAACUUCUCGAGUCUUUACAAAGGGAACGUUAUUUUUCUUCCUACUAUUGGAAAUUCUAAGAGUAAAGAAAUGCCCUUUAGUUGUAGGAUAACUGGACACCUCAAAAGGCAAGAUGAGGGGUUUCAUCCUUUUAUCACUACUAGGUGAUGUGCUGCAAGGCACAGGAGAUGGUGACAGACAGUUGCUGUCAGAGUACAGCUGUCAUUCCUGUGCACUGCUAACUUUGCGGGCUGCCCACUGGUUGACCAUUGCCUUGGCUAAAUUACAUGGUUUUCCUCCUUCCACAGUUUUCAAGCGCAUUAUAAAAUAACAACUGCUUUCUUAUGCGGUUUCUAACAAGCAUAAACAAACCUUGAAAUGGGUCUGGGUGAUGGGUCCAUUGCUUUUACUCAGUUCCUCUUAUUCCAAGUUAUAGAUUCACUGCAGAUCAGGACUGAAGAACUCAGUCUAACAGAUAUCUGUUUAAAAGAGAUUUUUCUGCUCUCUAAAAAUGUUCUCAGCCUGGAGUUAUGCAGACAUUCGUUCAUGAGACGAGAAUAGCUUUAAUUUCUCCUGCUCUCUUCCAUUUCCUGUUUAGCAGGCACUCGGAGUGGUAAAAUCUGAUUCAGCACUUGUUCAUCUCUUAGACCUUUGUAAACACACAACUUUGGCCCUGGAGGAACCAGAGCGUGCUCAGAGUGUGUAAAGCAUCUACACACUGUGGCCAUAGUCAGCCUCAAUCACCCCCUCAGACCACAAGCGCUCCUUUCUCGGUGACGAGCCUUCCCUUGCUCAGAGUGAAACAUGGACAUGUCUUAAAGCACUUACACCAAGUUCCUUGAGACACGAUCGGGCAGCGCUGGAAGAGCAGCUCUGCUCGAUCUCUCACUUUAAUUUGCCAACGUAUGCACAAUGGUUCCCUUGUUCCUUCAGAUGGGCGGGUGUGAAAUUCAAACACUAAUGGGAGUUUUGUAGAUGGGUGGCAGGGAAGAGCCCCACUCUCUUUGUGCAUCUAAAUGAGUGCCACACUUGUCAGAAUAGUUGAUCCUUUUGCAAGCAAUUAGAUAUUCCGGCUGUUAAUGUCCAUUGCUGGCAAUGGAACUUUUGAGACUAACGACUUGGGAGUUGUUUUGUAACCCUAGGUCUGGUCUGACUGGCUGUGAGGAGCAUUCAAUACGUCACCUGUACAAAAAGGAAUUUUGCAGCCAAACUGUAUUGUUUCUGGUUUUUCAAUAAACCCUGCAG